AUGACGAAUACACAGUUGAGUGGGAGAACUGAGGGUAAAAGUUUAGAGAGUGGUCCUGUAAGUUGUUGCUCAAAAGAAGGCUGUGUUGAUGAAACUCAUGCUGCAUGGGAAAUUAAAAACCAGGAAAUUUUGGACGUGGACAUGCAAGUAGCAAUGGAUGAAAGACAAGAUCUACAAGCUGUAACUGGAAAUGACAAAAGGAAUAUGUCAGACGAUACAGGUACGAGUGUUUGUGGUGAAUAUCAAAUUAACUCAACUGGUACGGAGGAUGUCAAGUCUAUCAAAGGAUUACAGAACCAAGAAUGUUUGGACCAGAAAGAAAAACUAGCAAGGGAGGAAAGACACAAUUUAGGAACAACAACUGAAAAUAACAAAAUGAAUAUGUUAGAAGAUGCAGACGUUCUUGUCUGCGGGCAAUAUCAAAAUGGUCUAACUCAUACCAAGCGGCUCUCGGCAAACCUCUUCACGAGAGCCCGCUCUCGGCAAACCAUUGAUCCAGGCCAGGAAAAGGACCGGUCGGAUGGCAACAUUGGAGAAGAACGUGUUGUGUAA